UUGUUUUUUUCAAUUUCUUUUAAUAAUUAGUUUUAGCAAUAUAAACAGUUUCAAAACCCUUUGGAAUUAUUACUCAUAUUUUAAAUGAAAAUCAUCUUUAGAACUGUUAUUUUUUGUAAAACUUUUAAGUAAAAAACAUCUAAAGUGUCUUACAUUUAUUAUCGGAAUUUAAUAAUUACUAUAACAACAACAAUGGCACCAUUACAUUUGACUGAUUUCGAGAAACUAACAAUAAAUAAUCUAAUAACUAGAAAAAUUUUUCAAUAUCUAAGUCUGAAGGACCAAUUCCGGCUUGCUCAAGUUACAUUCGAAUUUAAAUGUUUAUAUCGGAAUAUUAUUUGGAAUGUUGAUUAUGAAAAACUGAUAAUUAUAAAGUGUCCACAAGAUUUUUUGGUACAAAAUGAGAGCAACAUAAAUAUGUUGGCCUUAACUGCGGCAGAACUUGAAGAAUUUAUAAAUCUAUAUGGUUGCGAUAUAAAAGAACUGAAUUUACAAUAUUUAAGUAAAUAUGAAUUAUGUCCUAACGAACUAGUAGAAAUCGGUGUUGAUAUAAAAGAAAUUUAUGAAAAACGUCAUUUUACUUUAAGCCUCAGAAAAAUGCCAAACUUGAUGUCCCUAAGUUACAAUAAUAUGAUUUUAACAAAAUCGGAUAUACAAAGUAUAGUGAGAGAUUGUAAGAGUUUGCAAAAGUUAAGCAUUUACAACUGUUUCAAUGGCAAAUGUGAUGUAUUAGUAUUGGGACGAGAUCUUAAGAUAUGGACUCUGUUAGAAAUAAAGCAUUUGAAAUAUUUGUACAUGGGAAGCAGUAUGUUAUUGGAAUUGAGUUAUCAAGAUUUUCAUGAAUUAAUUACCAAAUCAAAAAUUAAAAAAUUAUUUUUAAAAUAUAAAAUAGAAAAGGAAAAUGUGAAUAUAUUGGAAGAUCAGUGUAAAGUCAAUGACUUAGAAGAAUUGGAAAUUGGAACUAAUCUAACGGAAGGGAAAUGGAGUUUAUAUUUCCAGACUUUUAAAAAUCUACAACUAUUAACAUUACAAGAUAUAGGGAUUAUAAAAAUAGAUUUCUUAAACCUAUUAGCCAAUACUUGUAAAAAAUUAAAAAUAUUAUCCAUUAACUAUACAACAUUUGAGAAAGUUGAUAAUUUUCAUCAGCUAAACAGUUUGGAGGAAUUAAAUAUACAAAUCUGUCAAGGAUUAACCCAUCAAAAUUUGCGUCAAAUACUAACCGAAAUGAAUUUACAAAAAUUUACCUCUUUGUGGACCAAAUACGAAGGCGAAUUUGAAGAUUUUAUUAUUUGCAGUAAAAUACAAUUUUUAGAAAUAGAAAUUUUAAAAACCCCCGAUUUUAAAGGAGCCUAUGAAGCCAAUCAUAAUUUACGUUCAUUAAUCUGGCACGAUGACUAUGGACCUCCAAGACAAAUGCUUACUUUUAAUUGCCCCCAUUUAAAAGAACUGGAAAUUGAAUCGGGUUUUAUAGCUUUAGAAAAUCUCUUACAAUUAAACUCUUUACAUUGUCUAACGCUAAGAAAUGCACCCGCCAAUUUUCCCUGGUCUUAUUUAAUAGAAAUAUUAAAAAACCACAUAUCGCUUAAGGAAUUUACCAUUAAACAUUUAAAUUAUUAUCAUCUAGAUUUGAAAUUAACUCCCACAGAAGCAUUCAAAUGUGCGGCGAAUAUUGAAUGUAUUAAAAUUCCAACACGAAUUUUUGAAGUGGCCAUUGAUUUUUGGUUUGAUUUAUUGAAUAGAAAUCCUAAAGUUAAAUUAAUUUGUUUGGAUUGGUUUUCAAAAGAACUUUUACAUAAUUUAAUAAACAAUCCAAAAUUUCCGGGAUUUUUGCGAUUUAUAUAUAUUCAGGGUUUUAAAGUUGUUUGUAAAGAAUUGCGCAAUAAUUUUGAUCAGACUUUGGAGAAAAUACACUUUAACAAACACAAACGUUUAUCAGUGAAUAAUAGUAAUUACGGUCUAAUAUUUAAUGGAAUUUGAAGAUUAAAAUUAAAUUUUUUGAAAUUUAAAUUAAUAUUAAAAACUAUAUAAAUAAAAUCCAAAUUAAAAAUAAAAAUAUGUUUCUAACAAUACAUCAACUACGUGUCAAACAUUCAGCACAUUUGUUGAGGUUAAGAACGAAUCAGAAAAAUUUCGUUUGAAACAUCACUUGUCGUCGCCGGAAAUGUUUAGACUAAAAGGGAAAUCAAGCUACAAGUGUCCUCGGUUUCAAUUCGUGUAGUACCUCCUUUUUGUCAAA